GAAAAAACAAAAGAAAUGGAAAUUGAAAGCAAAAACGGUUCCAAAAUCCAACUAAAAAACCCAUCAGAAAUAACCAAUUUCGGUAGAGAAUCAAUGAUACCCUUUGACCCCAUAAGCGAAAAAACGGUCUCACGCCAUCACAUAUCCUUCAAAGUCAACGAGAGUCAAACUUCUGUUGACUUUAAAGUCAAAGGCAAAAACCCCAUCUGGGUAUUACACAAAAACACAAAUGAAAUUAAGGUAUAUAAAUGUUCAGAAAAUGGUUCAAUGAAAGCAGGGGAUUCCUUUUGUGUUUGUUCAAAAAACCCAGUUUGGUUUCAUUUGAAAAAAGUUGAGAAUGAUGAGGUUUCGAGAUACGACGACGUUUUGGAAGAGAAUUUUGAGGAGGUUGGUUUUGGCGAUGAUGUUGAGAGUUUUAGUUGUGAUGUUAUAGAUAUUGAUGAUCCUAUUAAAGAGUUUGGUUUUGUUGUAAUGGGACAUGAGUUUGAUAGCUACCCGAAGAAAAUGGUCCGUGAUAUAAGGAAUUGGGAUUGGUUUCUUGAAGAAUCUAAAGAAGAAAGUGAUGACGAUGAAGUUAGUGACCGAAAACCCAAAAAGGGUUCAAGACGAAAGAGGAAGAAGGGUGGAGGAGGAGACGACGAGGAUGAUGAUAUUUGGACAGGUGAGAGUGAAGAAGAUACAGAGAUUAUUAAGAAAUUGAAAAAUGACCCGAAACCCAACUACCCCACAAGAUCAAAGAAGCAAGAGAAAAACAAAAAGGGUGCAAGUGGAAGUAGAAGUGUUAAGGAUACUAAACAGAAGGAUGCAGUGGAUGAUUUUGACGAUGAUGUGGAGGAUGAAGAUGAAAAUGAUGAAACGUUGGGUGGUUUCAUUGUUGACGAUGAGGAUGUAGGAGAAGCAGACGACGAUGAUGAUGAGGGUGAGGAGGAAUUUGUAGAGGAUGAUGAGGAGGAUGAAUAAUUAUCUCAAUGCCACUUUGGUUGUUGCAUUGUAUCGUGUGACAUAGUUGUAUGCUGUAACCAUGUUCGCUUCCUUUAGGAUACUAACUGUAUCAUAUUAACACCCGUGUGUUCAGUUGUCUCAAUGUAAAUGAUGUCUUUCUAGAUCAUCAUACAUGUCAACAUGUGUCGCUUUUUGAGUUUUUUUAUACGAUGGUUGUGUAAUCUUAUCGCAGACAGCCAGAUUAUCAAUGUUGCAUGGUUUAGUUUCAUUCGA